AUGGAAAAAGUAGAGAAGCUCCAAUUUCCAGCUUUAGACAUCACUGCUACCAACUACAUUUCAUGGGUUACAAAUGUUGAACUUCAUCUUGAAUCUCUUGGUCUAUCCCAGACCGUUAAAGAGAAUAAUACUUCAACGCCUCAAGAAAAGGCUAAAUCGGUGAUCUUCCUUAGAAGACACCUUGAUGAAAGUAUUAUUUAUGACUAUGCCAACAUGAGAGACCCUAAAGAGCUAUGGAAGUCUCUGAAAGAUCGUUUUGAUCAUCAGAAAGACAUAACACUUCCACUUGCUCGAGAUGAAUGGCAGAGUCUCAGAUUCCAAGAUUUCGACAAAGUGAUGAAUUACAAUUCUGCUGUGUUAGGAAUUGUGGCUAAAUUGAGAUACUGUGGUGAAACGAUCACCGAAUCUCAAAUGCUUGAGAAGACAUACACCACAUUCCACAAGAGCCACAUCACCCUGCAACAAUAG